AUGCAGUCACUGCAAUGUCACCUGCUCUAUCAUUCGCUAUCUUUGAUCCCAGACGCCCAUCAUGCUUCUGGUUUUCCUAUUAUGCCUGUCCAGAUUGGGAGCGAGGCCGGCUUGAUGCGUCUGUCACGCCUUCUUAUUAGCAUAACCAAUCUGCGUCAGCUGAGUCUAGAGCAUCGACGCCGGUUGUCGGAACUACGCAAGCAUCUGCCGUCUGAGUUCGUUUUUCCAUUCGAUAUCUACUCAGAGACUUUUGAUCUCAACUGUUGA